AUGGAUCUGCGCUACACUGAAGCCUCCUGCGUGCAUGCACUAGGACUAUUCUCUGAAGCGGUGCAAUUGUACGACAGCUUUCUUGGUCUCAACUUCCCGCCUGAAGAGGAGAGGACCAAACAGUUCCAAGCAUUUUACCAGAGGGAGCUGACAUGCUACCUGGCCAUGAGGAGGCACAAGCCGCUGCCAGCACUCAAGAUAGACGACGAGCUCAAUCCCACCUUCAAGGAAGGGUGGAGCAAGCGCAUGCCCCCAAUGGUCCUCUUCCCCGGAUACGAGAUGCAGCCGGUGCAGCAGGUGGCCCGCCUUCCGCCCUCCGAGAACGGCGGUUACCGCGUAACCUUUUCGAAGCAGAUUCGUGCGUUGCUGCAAACAGCAGAGAAGCUAGGAUCCCUGGUGAAAUACGACUGGCAGGGAUUCCUGCCCAACAAGCGGCAGUACCGCAUGGCAGGGCUGGCGAUGAUGGACCUUCGAGACCUGGUGCGCCGCACAUGGGGGGCCAUGGCAGAGGAGAGAGACAAGCAGGCUGCUGCUGCUGCUGCUGCUGCUGCUGGGGGCAGUGGGGGUGCUGGUGGUGCUGGUGGUGCUGCUGGUGGUAGUGGGAGCAGGAGGGGGCGGAGGAGGCAGCAACGGCUGCAGCAGCAGCAGCAGCAGCAGCAGGAGGAGGAGGAGAAGCAGCAGGGGGAGUCAGAGGGGACAGAGCAGGAGGACAGGCAGGAGGAGCGGCAGCGCGGCAAGAAGCAGGAGCGUAAACAAAGACGCAGCAACAAGCGGCAGCAGGAGGAGGACGAGGAGGAAGAAGAAGACGAGGACGAGGAGCAGCAGCAGGGGCGGCGGUCGCGGGGGCGCGAGAAGAAGGGUGGGGGGGGUGAGGCGGAGAAAGGGAAGGCGCAAGGGAAGGUGGGAGAGACGAUCGGCGGGUGGAGGGAGAUCUAUGACCGUGUGGUGAAGUGGCGACAGCUGGCUGAGCCCAUCGACCCUGUGGUGUGGAUCGACAAACUCACGGCCAAGGAGUUUGAGGAGGGCUUUGGGUCCGUGACUGCCAUGCUGGUGGGGCAGAUGAAGAACAGCCGCUACUACUUUAUUUUUGACCGAGCGUUGGACAUAAUGAAGGGGCGCAUGCUGGAUGACGGCGUGUGGAACGGACUCAACAACCCUGUCGAAAUCACACCAGAGAUGAAAAAACAGAUCAAGGCGGCAAAAGACGCAGAGGAGCUGUGGAAGGUGAUUGGGGAGGACUACUGGGUGGUCACGCCUUGCUACAGCACCGCCACUCCUGGUUAUGUGAUGAACGGCACUCGCCUCACCAUGGUUCGCACCCCUACAUAUUAUGACUUUGCCAUCAAGACACCCGGCACGCCUCCCCGGUGGAAGGAGUACGACCAUGAGAUGGACGCGGCUUGGAAGGCCCUGUGUGCAGCAUACCUGGACACAGCGCUGAAGGAGAGCAACAUCUUGGAGUAUCGGCUGCGCAUACAGCGCGCCAUUCUCGCACUCGCCUUCUACUGGUACAACUUCAUGCCUCUUGCACGUGGUACAGCCAUGGUGGGGUAUGUCACCAUGCUGGGGCUGUUUCUAGCAGCAGACAUGCAAAUCACAGCGCACGUGCCCCGAGGACUUCAGGCGGAUUGGGAGGGCAUUCUAUCACCGCGUCUGGAGUCCUUUAUAGGAGCGCUCUCCCCCUGGCUGCUCCCUUCCAUCGACUACAACUGCUCUGCUCUCCACAACCUGCCCUCCGCCCCCGUCACCGAGUCCCUCCUAACGCUUCUCGACAUCAUCAACGCGCUGAGUUUUUACGACCAGCCUGCUCCGACGAUCACGUGGCCGCGACUGAACUAG